CUACAGAAAUACGUCUACGAGGAGGCGCAGAAGAGGAUGGUGUUGUCACGGCAACAGCAGUUCAACGAGAAGCAUUGUAUCUGCUGCUUUUCAUCAUUUGGGUUCAUCUUAAACAGGAAGAUACAAUGUCAGGUUUGCCGAUUUUUUAUCUGCAAAAACUGCAGAGCAAAGUCAGAGAAAAAGGAGGACAUUUUGUGUAUUGCUUGUGUACAACAACAGGAACUACAGGUGAGAGCAUGCGAAUGGUUCUAUGCCCAAAUCAGAGCUAAGUUCAGGCGGUUUGGCAGUGCUAAGGUGGUGCGUUCACUCUACAAGAGAGAUAAAGAAAGAGGUAGUGGUUCAGAGGACGAAGACAGUCAGAACAGCGAUUCCGGUGUCGGUCGUCAGAGAAGUCCCGAUUCGCUAGGGUCCAGUUUCGAUCUCUCCGCCUUCAUGCAAGGUCCAAGGAAUGAUCAAGAAACAAACACAGCUGCUGUAUCUUCUAUUGCUGUUCUCUCACAUAGCUCCCCUGAAUACCAAGAUUGGUUGGAUCUGUUAAGACCUCCUAUGACUUCAGUGGCUGUUCAGGCGCCCCAUGAUGAAGAUAAUUCUUUGGAAGACAUAAUAAAACCGUCCGUUGCCACGGAAGAUAGAUGUAGUAUACCUGAUAGAUGCACCUGCAAGAGUGGGAAGGAGAGAAAUGGAUCUUCCAGCCCCAGUCUGAUUGUGUACGAUCCCAAGGGCGACAAGGUCUGUAAAGAGAAGGAGAAAAGCGAGCAGGUUCCACCUCCAGUGGCCAACGGGCGUGGCGGAGACGCAAUGCUCUUUCACAUCCUCUCCCCCAUUGAGGAGAUGUCUUCUCCCGAGUGCUCAGACAGGGGUGAAUCGGGAAGCAAGCCAGGAAGCCCGGCGGUUGUUGAUGAUACUCUUCCUCCAGUUGCUGCUAAGAUUGUUCAAGAUGUUGCUUGUUGUCAUGGUGGUGAUGGCAGCAAGGAAUGCACUCCAGUGAAAGAGGAGGGUGAUGAUGAACUUGAUGCAGGUCGUCAUGGCAACGAUGAGGGUGAACAAGAGGAGGAUGAGGAGAGUAUGAUAUCCCCAAGGGAGCUUGACUCUGGGAUUCAUCUUGCUUUCUCAAAUUCCAUGGAUGGAGACAUGAAUGGUCCGUGUCCUGAUGCCAUUGAAGCAGACAAAAUGCUGUCACAGAGACUCAAGAUGCAGAAUAUAGGAUGCUCAGAGUCCUUUGAGAGUGUUUCCAGUGCAUCAUUUAGUCUACUUAGCCUGGAUGCCAAUGAUACCCUAGAUAGCCUAGAGACACACAUUCACUCCUCUCACAGUGACUUACAUUCACCACCACCGGACAUCCAUGAAGACUUUGAUUCGACAAACAGCACAUUGACGGGGAAGGUGGAGAAUGCAGAGGAUGAAUGGAAAUUGAGUGAAGCGGAGAAGACAAACUUGAGUCGAAGCUCCAGUGAAGACACCUUGAAGAGCGAUGAGGAUGAAGAAGGAUUAGGGCCAAGGGAACUCUCAAUGGAAGAGUUCUUGGAUCAGAUCCAAACUCGGACAACUUCCAUGACAGAAGAGGAGGAAUCAAAGUAUGAGGAUGAGGAGCAGGAUCCUUCGAUCAAGAGCUUCCAAGAUGGAGAAGAAGGAUGUGCUUCGAGAGAAGAAGAGCUAGAAAACAGAGACCAUGUAUCAUUAAACCUUGAGUUUCAUCCGCGUUCAUUUUACAAACGUUCCCGAUCCAGUGAUGAUUUCCGUAACAUGAGAGAUGAGGAUCAUAAUGAUGAUCCAGGAAGCAACAGCGAUGGUGAGGACACAAAAGCAAAGUCAAAAGGCAAGCAUCACAGAAAUGGAAAAUUUAAUUCAAACCGUUUCAUCCGGUACGAUUCACUCCCUCUGGUUGUUGAAGUUUACGAAGCAGACAGCAAUAGUCCGUCCUUCUCACCAAGUGAUGUCACCAGGUCUCGCUUUGUCUAUGAUAGCCAAGACAGCGAGUCCCCAAACAGAGGUUCACCGAAGCGUCAAGUCUUCAGUCCAAGUAAAUCAGGGAAGCAUAAUCAACCAAAGAAGUCUAAAGAUGUUGGUCAGAGUCGACAGACAUCUGUUGAGUCAACAACAACAGAGAGCACUCUGCCCAAAAGCACACCUAUAUCCUCAGGUCCCACAACACCUGACUUUGAGUGCAAGCGGAAGAACAGCCUGUCAACAGUAUCAUCAGAAUCUGAGGGCUCUCCUGAUACCCUCAAAAGAGAUAAAAUCCUAUUCACUCGCCAACUGCUCCAGCAACAUAAGGAAUAUCAUCAGUCAGAAGGGAUAAGACCGAGCACUACUCACAAGUUGCGAAGUCUUAGCCACAGUGAUGCUGAUCCUUUACCCUACAGACCACCUCAAGGUGGCAUGGCCAGCCAUGGACAACUUCAGAAGCAAUUAUCUCUUCCAAAACAGGGCAGCUUGCAUGAUGAUGAAGAGGAAAUUCUGGCAGGAUACAGGAGACUGAAACAACAUGACAGCACAUCUCAGGGCAUGUCUGCAUCUGGAGAGGAUGCAGAUCCUGAGCAAGAGGGAUUUGAGGAUGAGGACGAAGAGAGAGAUUACAGUUGUGGCAUGUCCAACAGUGAUGAGAUCACAGGUCUCUUGUCAGAACAAGAUGUCUUUGACAGUAGUGAUAAUGAGGAGGAGGACUUUGAGGAUGCUAAUAGUACCUUGACAGAUGACAUCAAUGGCAAUGAUGACAGCAAUCAUAAUGAAGACAUUGCCAGUGUCCAGGAUACAGAUGGAGCAAGGAAGGUGUCUUCCAGGCAAGAAGAAGAAAAAGAUUGUUUGUGUCCAGAUCAAGAACACUUAGAGGAGAGCAUAUCAGAAAGCUUCCCUGCAUGCAUUGAGGAUCAGUCUUCUUCCCCAAACCAAGACCCAAAAGACACAGAUGAUGCUCUCGCUGACACUAUCAAUGCAAGUACUUUCCAAGAUGACAGUGCUGCAUCUCAAGAAGAUCUAAACUGCAAGGAUCUUAGUAGCUCUUUACAGAAUGAAGAAGUAUGUUACAACAAGAUAAAACCAGAGGAAAGAGAAGAGUCUGACAUAGGUAGAGCUGAAGCUGACGUAGUUAACGAUGAGGAGGAUGCUGUUGGAGAGAAAGAGGAGAUGACACCAAAGAUGCUAAAGAGGAAGGAAGAAGCCGAUCUUGCAAACCUCACCUACAAGUUGUCCAUCAAGCAGGGUGAGGUCUUACAGUCGGCAGAGGAGGUGCUUUCAUCGGCAAAUCAGCUUUCCAACAUCCAAAAUGAAGUAGAUGCCCUUGAUUACAUCUUGACGUCACUGGAAAGGAAGGUUGCUAAGGGAGUUUUGUCUAGUCAGACUAGCAGUGAAUAUGAUGAGUCAGAAGGAGGUGACUUGGCCGUUAGUCCACAGGAGCUUGUGAAGGAGGACCUCUGUGAUUUAGAAGUGCGACUUUCUCAGACAGACGAUGACAAUCCCGACUCACAGAUCAACAUGGCGACAGCCGUGCGGAUGAUUACUGCUACUGCCCUGAAAGUUCUCAACACCACCGAAGCAGCGAUAGAACUGCAACAAGACGAUACUAUUAUCCAUGCUCGGCUUGUUGAUGACAACAUCCUUGAUCAGGAGGAAGAACAGGAUGAUGAGGGUGAUGAUGAUGAUGAUGAGGAGGAGGAGGAGGAGAAUGGAAGGAUAGAUGGAGAGACAGAGGAGGACAGGGAGAAACUUGAAGGAAAAAAUAUUGACUUGAAUCUUCUCUCCGAUCUUUGUGAUGAUCUUUUCUCAGAGAGCGAAUCCGUAGAGGAUGGGUACCUGAACUCAUUAGCAGAUGUUCUGAUCGAUAUCGACAACAAUGUCUUCCAGUGUGGACUUGAACCUUGUGGUGAUGUUGAUGGUGAACUUAGUGUAGAAAAGGAUAAGAAUGCCAAUGCUGUGCACUUGUCACCCCAAAGAAGACUGUGUGAUGGUCGAUGUGGUAGCGAGUUCUGCAAGAUGUCUGCAAUGGUUGGCAAAACUGCGGGAAACAAAUCCCAGGCAUCCGAUAGCAAAAGACCUCAAGGAGAUACCCAACAUCCCGGUGAGAAAGAUUCUGUCAAAGAUUUACGGGACAGAAAGGGAGUACCAAAGGACUCCCUCAAACUCUCUCUUCCGAGCGCCAAGCCCCAGGAGAUGGACAAGAGAAAACAGACUAAUGACAAGAGCGCCACGCCCAGUUCAGCUUCCUCCAAACCAAAGUCUCCAGAGGCCACCAUAUCUCCAGGAUCGCGCCACUCCUCCAGUCCGUCAUCGGGACCGAUCCUGCACCUAACCUCCGGACCAACAUCCCCACCGACGGCAACCUUGCUGUUCUCAUCCGAUGAGUUGGUCUGGGAUUCUGCAGUCCCGGUGAGCAGUUCAGACUCUGAGUCCAUGGUACCUACAGAGAUGGUCCCAAAUGAAGGCAAGAACCCAAGAGACGCAGCCAGAGUAGAAACAUUAGAUUUCACCCCUAGUCCUUCAAAGAGGCAUAAGUCAGAAGUGUCAGUCUUUGAGAGUUCCUUCACCCCUACCAAUGGAGAUGGUGACUUUAGCCCAGACUUCCUCUCUGCAUUUUAUGAUCGUGUCUCAGAACUCGAAGAAAGGGUCUACCUUUCAGCUGGGAAGGUCUUCACCCUUGAGGAGCGGCUGGAACAGCUAGAGAUGGAAGUCAACUCUGUAGACUGUACCCUUCCUGAUGAUAUUAUGGCUAUCCUAGAAGACAAGGUGGCCAUGACCGUUGCUCAGGUCCAACAAUGCGAGCGAGAGGUACACACUGUGGAGGACAACAUUUCGAGCCUCGACCACACCCAAGAUGGCAUCUUUUCUACCAUGUACAGUGUCGACCACAUCCCAACCACACCCAGAAAACUAGAGACCAUCUCGUCAGCUUCAUUCCUUCUAAAUCAUCCAGAUGAAAUGGAUGAUGAAAUGCAUGGUCAUGCAGGCCCUCUGGAGAUGAUGGAUGAAACUAGUUCACAAGCAGUUGAGGUCACCCACUAAAUAGAGGUCAACAAACUUAUGUAGACAGUUCAACAAACUUAGCCCACCAGAACCGUUGCCCAAGCGAUAAGAUUGCCCUAGUUAUUCCAAUGUAUGUCUGCUGCAUAAAAUGCAUUUUUUCCUAAUUCUUUUGUGUGACAAUAAAUUCAUGAACAUACACAUUGUUGACAAUUAUUUCUAUUAUGCUUCGUUAAGCAUGUAUUUAACACUGUCAUGUUAAUAUAACUAUUUUGUAUUGUUUUCAAUAUGAUCAUGCAACUCUAUCACUCAUGUGUUUUGGAAUAAAACAUUAAACUCGCUGACCAAAAAAAAUUAAAUGUUG